CCGUCAUCGUUUACGUUUCGCGUAUUCAGGAUCGUGCGGGAUUGAGCGUUUUUCUUCGACGAGGGUGGCUUGUAUCUCCGCGUGUUGAUUGUCGCGUUCGGUGCUCUGGAGUGACCGAUCCCCAUCAGACCACGUACCGGUGUGCUGAUUACCGCGACCAUCCGAGCCCAUUCUCGAUCAAGCAGAACUAAUUAGCGGCAGGUACCGGGAUCAACGAGGACCAGCUCCAACAGGAAGAAGAACGAUGACGCCCGACGCAGCGACGCUGCAACAACGAUAAGCGGCGACGAAGCAUCAGGAUUCUGCAUGCGAGUGCCCAGAGCGGAAGUAUUCGGGCUCCUCGGUGGAGCGCUGACCUCCGACAACAUCAUCAGGAAGGAUUCGCCUUGCCCUACGACGACGCACGCAGGGCAACUGCAUUCGCCGAACGGCGACAGCGACAACAGUAACGGUAGCCAGCGUGCGGUGGCUGUUACUCGUAGCGAGGUAGAACAGCAGCAACAGCAACAACUACAUCGCCAACGACAGCAGCAACGUCAAGCGACCGCUACCGUUCCGGUUCUCGCCUGCACUAAUCAAUCGUCCAUCACCACGACUACGACCGCCCUCACAGUGGCAUCAAGCAUGCUGCUUUUGCAGACACAGAGUCCUUUUGGCAAUUUCGGGGAGUUCCUGAAUAGUCCUUAUCCGGACGCUGCAGAUGCCGGAAGCUUGCCCGAAGAGUUGGAUCCCUUUCCGGAAUUGCAACUCGGGAAUCCGCAGGGUGUGCCUCCGGUCGACGACUCUGCUCAGCAAAGUGUACACCAUCAGCAGCCAUCGCAACCGCCACCACCACCACCACCCCUUCCCGAAGAUAUCCAAGCUGAUUCCCUUAGUCCUACGCCGUUGCCGAGUUUUCAGGAGACCUACACGGUGCAGCGAUACACCAGGCAGGAACUCCAGGGCCUCGGUAUCAAAAUGGACGACGAAUGUUACGAUACCCCAGUAUAUUCUUGCACUCCUCAUUACCCAACGGAAUUCUCGGCUGCGGUGCCUUAUCACGAGCAGCAGCCACAACAGCAACAUCCUCAUCAUCAUCCACAGCAUCAUCAGCAACAACAGACUCCGCAUCAUCAUCAAAGUUACUUCCCCACAGAAUCGGCACCCACUCCAACAACAGCGGUCGUACCACCCUCCAAUCAUCGGCAGGAUCCAUCCUAUGGGGUGGCUGUAACCAUGCCCAUGGUUUACGGGGCACCAUCAACCAUCGCCAGUGUCGCGACUUCCGUAGUUCCUACCGAUCUCUGUCCCAAUGUUGACACCAGCGUCGUCAUUGGUACCACCCGACCACGAAGGGCGUCACUGCCCACUCAGAGAUCAGAAUCAGCAAGAUCAAUGCGCGUCCUGUGUCGUGUUAACAGUAGUGGGAGCACGGAGUCCCCGAAGCCGCGCGGCAGCGGCGGUACCGCGAGUUCCACCGUCAGUUCGCCAUCGCCCGGAAGCGGCACUAGUGGCGAACGCGCGCCCCCAAGCCCGAGCCAGCUUUGCGCCGUGUGCGGUGACACCGCGGCCUGCCAGCACUACGGCGUUCGCACUUGCGAGGGUUGCAAGGGCUUCUUCAAGAGGACCGUGCAGAAGGGCUCCAAGUACGUGUGCUUGGCUGAAAAAGCUUGUCCGGUGGACAAACGCCGGCGAAACCGUUGCCAAUUCUGUCGAUUCCAGAAGUGCCUGAUGGUCGGCAUGGUCAAGGAGGUCGUUAGAACAGAUUCCCUAAAGGGCCGUAGAGGCAGAUUGCCUUCGAAGCCCAAAUCACCGCAGGAGUCCCCACCGAGUCCACCAGUUUCCUUGAUCACCGCUCUGGUUCGCGCACAUUUGGACACAACGCCGGAUAAGGCAAGUCUCGAUUACUCACAGUACCGACAACCUAGACCUGGCGACCCCCCGAUGACCGAGGCCGAAAAGAUUCAACAAUUCUACAAUCUAUUGACAACCUCGAUCGAUGUUAUCCGAAACUUCGCCGACAAAAUCCCCGGAUUCACGGAUCUAGUACGGGAAGAUCAGGAAUUGCUCUUCCAAUCGGCCAGUCUGGAACUGUUUGUGCUUAGGUUGGCAUAUCGUACGCAUCCGGAAGACACAAAGCUGGUAUUUUGCAACGGCGUCGUUCUCGCGCUGGAACAAUGUCAGCGUAGCUUUGGCGAUUGGCUGCAUAGCAUUCUCGAUUUCUGCAAAGCUCUCCAUUUCCUGGAGGUCGACAUCAGCGCCUUUGCCUGCCUGUGUGCUCUCACUCUGGUUACUGAGAGGUAUGGAUUGAAAGAGCCACAGCGUAUGGAACAGCUGCAGAUGAAAAUUGUUUCAUCGUUGCGCGACCACGUGACCUACAAUGCCGAGGCGCAGAGGAAAUCGCAGUACCUGUCCUAUUUAUUGGGGAAGAUACCGGAGCUGAGGAGUCUUUCGGUCCAGGGCCUCCAGCGGAUCUUUUAUCUCAAGUUGGAGGAUCUGGUGCCGGCACCACCCUUGAUCGAGACGAUGUUUGUCGGUAGCCUGCCCUUCUAAAGCCGAGCCGAGCAGUCUCGUCCAGAUAGAACAAUUACUUUCUCAAACCCAUGCGGUUGCGUUAUCUUCGUUCUGAUUGCAUCCUUCUUAGUUCGUAUUACACGUAGUUUUAUUCUCUUUUCGCGUGUAAUCUCGCGCGGUCCCGCGGGUACGUUCGGUUCUCGAUGACGUCCUGGUGACGUCCCCUCGCACUUCGCGAAGGAUAUGUCCUGAGAAGAUUCGUCGAGCGGGAGGAGCGAGGAGAGCCAUUAUUGGUCAUACGAGCGAGCGCGGAUGUGAGCUGUCCGCGCGAAUGCGAACGCUAAACUUAAGGGAAAGUUUGUUGUUCGCAUGUAUAAGCGCAAUGAGUGAAUGCGCAUAUGUAUGAGUGUAAGAGGAUGUAUGUAUGUAUGUAUGUAUGUAUGUAUGGGUCAUAUGCGAACGUAAGUGUAUAGAAUGUCCUGACGCAGGUCUCUGCAUGCGUAACGUGUCGGGUGGCGGGUGUCAGACGACGCUGUUACACUAUUAGUAGUAAGUACACUACUACACAGCUGGUGUUGUUGUGCUGUUGCUGCUGCUGCUAGAGAACGGAUCGGCGCGAAUAAAGAGUAAA